CAACCAUCUCUCUCUCUAGCUGCAGAAACUACAAUUCAGAAAAAAUCUGCAGCAAACGUUAAGCCUGUGAAUUGUAAUGGCAUACUACAAGUUCACUGUCGUUGGUGGCGUCGCUAUUCCAAACUACGUCAAGGCCAUCGCGGCUUUGACUGGAAUUAACGGGUGUUUAUUCUAUCGCUAUUCGCACGGUAUGGAUGCAAAGUAUGGCGUGAAGCUCCCGAAGCAGUUGACGCGCUUUGUGGCUGGAACUUCGGCUAUAUUGGCUGGUCACACGGCGUAUGAUUUGUAUGAGUUUAAUAAGUUGCUUGAGAGGAUGGAUAGGGUGGAGUUUGAAAAGAUGAGAGCUGGGAAGCAUCAAAAGUUUAGAGCUUUUUCAAUGCUUUUGUUAACUGGAGCAAUGUCGUUGAUGACGACGACUGGCUAUGAGGUGUAUAAGUUUCAUAUGGACUUUGAGAAGAAAAGAGCCAUGGAGGAAGAGGAAAAGGAAAACUCUGCCAAUCCCUACUCUGUUUGUGAAUGGAUUGAAUAGAAGAGGAGUGGCAUGGAUAGUGAAGAUGGAAGCUCUUAGAAAGCAAGGUUACGAC